ACCGAACAAUUAUCCCGCCUCCUCUCGACGCCGGAGUAACUUGCGCUUAUAUGUACGACGCGGAAAAGUGGAAAAGCCGCGUGACUCGGGGAGUCGGCAGUCGUUAUUGUUGCGCACUAUAAGAGAGCGAGCUUAAGUCUUGUCUCGUUGAGUUGUAAAAAUUUUGAAAAUUUUCGAAAACAAUUAGAAACGCUAUCGCUCCGAUAAAGACUCACCGCGCGAGAGCGACUAGAGUCGCUAACGAUCUAGAGUCGUAAAAUGAAACGAAAAAAAAUAAUAAUAAGGAUGAACGUGAAACGAAACAAAUGAACAUUCGACGUGUAUCUUUGACAUCGUUUAUCUACUCUACACACAAAUGUGUCUUAACAGCAGGGAAUUCGGAACAUUCGCGUGAUCCUCGACUAGAUAAGAGUUGAAUAAAACGUCGACGGCAGCCGAAACGUUUUAAUUGAGCUUAUUUCGGGCCUGAGCGAUAAAACAGUUAACGCGACCGCACCCAUUUUCCGGCUUGUUUUCGUACGUUUUUCAUUUUACAACCGGAUAACUCGGCACAGAUUUAUCGAAAUCAGCAGAUACCUCGAGGCAUGGAAAACAUCGAAGAAAACGGAGACGAGGAUCUCGAAUUGGGCACAGAAACGUCGGAAGUUCAAGGUCAGCUAACGAUUCGUCGAUUUCCUACGAGAAAUUCUGCUCAUUUCGGUAUCGCAUGGAACAGGGGAACGAAACGGGGGCGAAGAAAGUGCCGAAAAUGCGAGGUCGAGCGGCGAAGAGUCGCAGGAGGUUCGAGAGCCCAAGAGCGUCACCGCGGACGCACCGAAAAAAUCCGAAACUACAAUCGGCCCCGGGGAAACCGAAGGAAUCGUUAAAAAAGCAGAAAAAUAUCGAAAGCCGAUGAACUAUUCGGACGACCCGGAAGUGCGAAGAAUCUUGGAAUUUUUACGGAGCAAAAAUCUCAGCGAGAAUCUCAUUGGACGGGUUCUGAAAAACGGCGUUGGCGACGGCUUCGAUCGACUGUUGCGAGCUCUCGGUAUAACGAACGAGGAGAUCUCCAAAUUCAAGUGGAAAAAAAGAUUCGAUUCUAAUGAUUUUCCUUAUCAUUCGAUCGAGCCGGAAGUUCGCGACGUUGGGGAUUCCUCGAUGAGCCCCGACAACUUGUAUCUCAAAAAACACUUCGGCGAUACUCUCGUACGAGCCGUCAAGGAAAUCGUCAAACUCAAACCUCGAGAUCCCGUCGAUUUCCUUGCUCAUUGGUUGAUUUAUUACAAAGUUUGUGAAGAACGAAACAACAGAUUGAGCGAAUUUAAAGCUGAACUUGACCUUCGGAGAGGAUCCUCCAAAAUUCUGGGGAAGGAUUUGCAUUCGGAAUUAUUGGAGGACGAUGUGGAGGAAAAAACGAGUGAGACCAACGUCGAUUACGGCGAAUACGAUGAACCGGAAGAAGAAUAAAAUUCUAAAAGAACGAAAAAUAGUCGAACGUCGGACUGAUAUUCGUCAAGAUUGUUUCCAAUCGUGAGAACAGAAAUUUUCAUCGUUCAAUUGUGUCAGUAGUCUUAAGAAAAGGACAAAUAAUCGUUUGUCAAUAAAUCUCGUUGCUAUAAAUAAAA